AGCUGUUACAGUACAGACAAUCUUCGUCGUAAUGUUUUCCUGGAACAUUGCAGCGUUGCUGGUCAUUCUGGUGUUAAACCAGCAGGGCUUGUGCAACGCUCAGACUGUGACACCUCUUGGUAAUAUAACUACUCCUACUCCAACUGCUCUAAUUACCACGCCCACGCCGACCGUAUCUCCUUGCCCGCCGUAUGGUAAAGGUCCCCAUCUCAUGGACUGCAACUUUGACAAUGACGACAUUUGCUGGUGGGAGCUCGUUGGGGGACUACAAGCUGUGUUCCUUCUCCGAAGCGGCUCGACACCGAGUCUGAAUACAGGACCUAGCAAUGAUCACACUACAGGAACAACAGUCGGAAAGUACAUUUAUCUUGAGACUUCAGUACCAGCGAGCAGGAACGACAAGGCACAGUUGAGAUCACGAGUAAUCGGAACGUCGUGCAAGCCUUGUAAACUCAAUCUAUGGUAUCACAUGUACGGAUCAUCUGUCAACCGCCUUUCUGUCGCCAUACAACCAAUAAACGGUGCAAGACAAACUCUGUGGACGAAGAGGGGCAAUCAAGGCAACCGCUGGAUCCAACAGAGUGUGGAUUUGAUCAGCAGCGGGCCUUACCAAAUUAUAAUCGAAGCGGUAGUUGGAAUCAGUUGGACCGGAGACAUUGCAGUCGACGACAUAACGCUGACAAAUUGUCCACCCAUUCCUACACCAACACCUCCGCCUCCAUGCAGGCCAAAUAUGGGUCCAGGCGACUGCGACUUCGAGCAGGAUGCCUGCAGGUGUUGCUGCUGGAAGAACCUACUCAUCGGGGAUCGGAACGAUUGGACACGCAGUCGAGGCCCCACACAGUCGCAGGGAACCGGUCCCAGCUCCGAUCACACGUUUGGAAACUCUUCAGGACAUUACAUGUACAUCGAAGCGACCAAUGCUAAUCGAGGAUUUGGAGUUACGAGUGCUGCUCUUCUUGUCAGCAAACGGUUUAACGCCGUCACUAAAGCGAACGCCUGCUUCAUGACCAUGUGGUACCACAUGAAGGGACGGCAAGUCGGGCGACUCCGAGUGCGCAAACAAUCGGACGGAGCGCAGGCAAAUCGCUACCCGGUCCUCUUCACCGUCAUCAGAGACCAGGGCGACCAAUGGCACAACGUCACUUUCGAUCUCUACACGUCUACCUACGCAAACGACGGGUUCACGGUCACCAUCGAGGCGAGAAACAUCCAGUCGACCUCAAGCGACAUUGCGAUAGACGACCUAUCGUUUUCUUCGGGCUGUACUCCUUAUUUCGAAGAAAAAGGGUCCGGCGAUGCCAAACCAGCUUCUACGGGCCACGGCUCUGUUAUUGCAUUUGAGAGUAGUGCAGUGAGGCAGAAAACUAUUGGGGGCAUGCCUCUUUGA